ACUGCCAGCCUGCGCUGCCUGAUUCCACGUCUGCCCGAAGACCAAGAAAGGCUCGAAGAUGUUUUCCUCCGCGCUGCCUCUUCUGCUCCUCUGCUCCUGCUGGGGUCUGCUCGGCUCCGCGUCGGGAGCCGCCACCGUGGACGAGGUCUACCGCGACGUGGUGGCCGUGGUGUCCCCGGACCAGGCGGACCUGAACGAGGACGUGGUCCGCGCGCUCUUCAGUAAGCUCGAGGAUCGCGUGCAGUGCGGUACAGUCCCGUGCACGAAGUGUGAUCUUGCAGGAUCUGUUCACCAGCUGCUGAAUGGUCACAAUCACGAGCACCGCAGCGGUGAAAAUGCCGUCAGUGUCUCUCAGUUCGGGGCUUUUGCCUCCGGCGCCAUCAUGUACCUCUCCUCUCCCAACGUGGCCUGCGCCGCCAUUGCAGAAGGGCUGUGGUUCGACAAAACUGAAGAGUUCUUACACAAUGUCGUCCAUCACGAGCACAGAGCAGAUCUCGGACACGCUCACGACUACAUAGACACUCAUGGACUGGAGGCUGUGUUUGCGGAACUGAAACUUCACUAUGCAUCUUUGCCCAAUGAGGUCUGUGUGACGCCCACUGACGUCAUGGUGGAGGUCAACGUAUUCUCAGAAUUCGAGGAAGUGGAGGUGGGAGUCGCUCUGGGCCGCCUCCUGUAUCACGCCCUGCUCGGAAGUUGCUUCACAGCUUAAUGGCUGCCAGAGG